CAAACGUGUCUUAGAAUAUAAUCUUAAUCCUGCCACUCACGAACAACGCGUAGGUACCCGAUAAUAAAUAAAGUUUUAAAUUUUUUUUUUUUUAAAGUACCGUCGUUCUAUAUAAUAUGGCCGCACACUCAACAAUUAUUAUUUUUUACGCGCAUACAUAAAAUAAGACCUAUACCAUCACUAAUUGUAUAUUGUAGACGUAGUGUGYGCACUUAACGUGUAGGUUCUAUUUUGCACACACCAAUCGAUCAAAAUAUCAUCUCGUCGACAUGACGGUGAUACCCACGUUUGUAAUCGAUAAAAUAUUUUCCAAGAUAUUCAGAAGACAGUCGAAGAAUUAUACCGUAGAACGUAAUGUUGGAGUUUUCAAAGAUGACAAACGAACAGAAAAGACACAUGAAGAUCCAGUUUCUAUGGCCAUCGGCGAAUUCGGCCGAUGGCAAGCCAUGCUUACUUUAAUUUUGUCCUUGUUAAAUUUGCCUUGUACAUGGCACAUAUUCGUACUCACGUUCCAGGGGGCGGAUACCGACUUCUGGUGUACACCGCCGCCGGGUGUACUGAACCGGAUAUCUGUGGAUCAAUGGAAAAAUUUAAGUGGUUUAAUCCCCGUAUCACCUACAAGCAAUGUUUCAGUAUACGAUCCUUGUCGUUACCGCGACUUAAACUACGAAAGUUUACUUAGUAAUUCUAGUUACUUAGAAGUAUUAAUUAAAAGCAACACAGAUCAUCAUGAGCUUAAAACGUGUACUUCGUGGCAGUUCAAUACUACUGAAUUUGGCGAUACAAUCUCUUCUGAAUGGAACUUAGUAUGUGACCGAAAAGAAUUAAAAAACUUUGCCGAGAUGAUGUUCUUGAUGGGUGUUGCUUUUGGAGGUUUCUUCUCAGGACUCGUGUCUGACAGAUUUGGUAGAAAGAAGACGUUGAUGGCUUCCUUAAUUAUGCAGUUGGCUCUUGGUAUUUUAGUUGCCAUUUGUCCUUGGUUUGAAUUCUAUCUGGUAUUGAGAUUUAUUUUGGGAUUUGUCUGCGUGAGCAUCGUCUUUAGUGGUUUUGUGCUGUGUAUGGAACUGGUCGGUGGUAAGUGGUUGACAAUCGCUGGAGUCCUUUACUUGCUCCCAGUUCCGAUGAGCUACAUUAUAAUAUCCGGAAUCGCAUAUAUAUGCAGAGGGUGGAGGUUAUUGCAGUGGUGUGUCACGUUACCUGCUGUAUUUUUCUUGGUUCUGCAUUGGUUUGUUCCCGAAUCACCGAGAUGGUUAUUGGCCAUGGGCAGAGUGGAAGAGACUAUGGAAGUUUUGGAAAAGGCAUCUAAAAUCAAUAAGCACCCCUUGCCAGUGAACAUGGACAAAAUUCUUAAGCAAAGUAUUAACAAAUUCGAAAUUAAUGGCAAACCUAAAGUACGAGUUUCAGAUUUAUUUCGUACCAAAAAUAUCAGAAAAAUUUCCCUUGUCUUAUACAUACUUUGGUUCAGCCUUUACUUGGUAUACUAUGGGCUUGUACUUAAUCUGUCUAAUAUCGGUGGAAAUAUUUACAUAAACACUAUAAUAUCAGGUUUGGUUGAAAUACCAGCAAUAUUGAUUAGUGUGGUAAUAUUGCUCAAAAUGGGCCGAAGAAUUCCAUUGUGCCUUACCAUGGUAGCAGGAGGAAUUGCGUGUUUGCUAACUACGAUUCUACCAGCAGAUACGGAUGAGUGGAUAUCGCUAUCGUUGGUGAUGGCUGGCAAAUUUUCCGUGUCGUCGUCAAACGUUAUUAUGCCUCUCUAUACGGCCGAAUUGUUCCCAACCGUUAUAAGGAAUUUAGGCGUGGGAACUUCAAACAUACCUGCAGGAAUCGCACUUAUUAUGGUACCAUACCUUUGGAAUUUAUCUCCAUUGAGCAAAGUCUUACCGCUAUUAGUACUGGGAACAGUCAGUGUCAUUGGUGGCUUGUCUGUACUUAUGUUACCAGAAACUGGCAGUUAUCUUUCUGAUACAUUAGAGGAAGUAGAGGAUUGUAUUAGCUCAUCAAAUAACACACAGAAAAAAUAUAUCGAUACAAUAAGUAAUAAUGUACAAAAUUCACAAUCCGAGAAAGAAUAAUUCCUUCAUAGUAGACAUUAUACGGUUAAUUAUUUGUUCAUUAAUUUGUCUUCCUAAUCGUUUUAUUACGCUUUAAUAAGUAUUAUAAAAACAUAUUUUUUUUUAUUCAUUCUGCAUAUUUCUGUGAUAAUUAUCUAAAAUUAUAGUUGAUCAAUAAGUCAACGAAAGUAAUACAUCGAUGAACUAUAUUAUGUUAAUAUAGUUUUAUAU